CCCACCUCAGAACUUUUCAUGAAUUCUUUUAUCGGACCCUGACGAACAGACUGGUCUUAUUUCGAGGAAUACGAUCAGUCUCCCGGGGAAUUGCCCCCGUCCUUUUCCCCCUGCAUCUGUCUAGUUUUCUUCUUUUUCCUCUGAAAUUUGAUAUUUCUGAUCCCGAAGUGGCUCCACAGUGGUGUUGCGGCUCCUCGCCCGUGGCGGAUCCCGAGAUCGGAGGUUCUGCAGGGGGAGGAGGUAGUGGAGACCCUGCCACGCCGCCGGAUCCCAAAUCCGGUCGUGUGAAAAGGAUGAUUCGGUUGGCGGCAGAAUUGUUGUUACUGCUCGGACUGUUGCUACUAACUUUACAUAUUACAGUAUUGCGGAGCAGUCCUCUUCAACCAGGGAACGCAACUUUGAGCCCGGAGCAGUAUGCGGUGGCCACACAGAAUGAUGUCAGCAUGGAGAGCAGUUCGACAUCCCAGCGUGGCCCUGGGGACUGGAAGAAGACGGAGCCGGAGCAGCGUGUGGGCCAGGGCCAGGGCCAGCCGGCAGCAGCAGCCUCCCAGCCCUGGGUGCAGGGACAGGGGGCCGGCAGCAGCCUGCAGAGGGACGGGCCUGGAGCCUUCCUCCUGGACCUCCAGCACCUGCCAGACCUCUCCAAGGCCGACAUAAACGGACAGAACCCCAACAUACAGGUGACCAUUGAAGUGGUGGACGGUCUGGAGGGGAGCGAGCCCGAGAAGGGACUCCGCAAGGAGAAGAAGCCGGGAUGGGGGACGCCCAACUGGAGGAACUGGUGGCAGCGCUCCUCUUCCUCCUCCUCCUCCUCCUCCUCCUCCUCCUCGUCUGUUUCCUCUCCUUCGUCAACGUUGCCGGUGCAGAGGGGCACUGAGCAGGAGCAGGACUACUCCUACGAGGGGAACCCUGACGACAGCAACUUCCUGAAGCCACUGGGAGACUGGGAGCGCAAAGGACCCAGUGGAGCCAACAGGCCCAACACUGAAUACGACUACAUGGACGGGGAAGGUGACUGGAGCCACUGGUCGUCCUGCAGUGUCACCUGUGGCAACGGUAACCAGAAGCGCACCAGGUCCUGUGGCUACGCCUGCACCGCCACCGAGUCUCGCACCUGUGACAUGCCCAGCUGCCCAGGGAUUGAAGACGCUUUUAAGACAGCAGCCACAGAGGUCAGCCUUCUCGCUGGAACCGAUGACUUCAAUGCCACAGAACUCUUUGGUGUCGACACGGACAGCUGUGAGCGCUGGAUGAACUGCAAGAGUGACUUCCUGAAGAAGUACAUGACCAAGGUGGCCACAGACCUGCCCAGUUGCCCGUGCGUCUACCCAACGGAGGUGGCCUACAGCACGGCCGACGUACACGACCCCGCGCGGCGCAGAGACUUCCGCUGGAAGGACGCCAGCGGGCCCAAGGAGAAGCUGGAGAUCUACAAGCCCACGGCGCGCUACUGCAUCCGCUCCAUGCUGACGCUCGAGUCCACCACGCUGGCCGCCCAGCACUGCUGCUACGACGACGCCAUGAAGCUCGUCACGCGCGGCAAGGGCGCCGGCACGCCCAACCUCAUCAGCACGGAGUUCUCGGCCGACCUGCACUACAAGGUGGACGUCCUGCCCUGGAUCAUCUGCAAGGGCGACUGGAGCCGCUACAACAACGCCCGGCCGCCCAACAACGGCCAGCGCUGCGCCGAGAACCCCCAGGAGGAGGACUUCUACAAGCAGUUUGAAGAGGCCAGGGAAUUCUGAGCCGGAAAAAGAGGAGAGGUUUUUUUGUUGCAGGAGAGAAGAGGAGAGGAAAAGAGAGGAGAGAAGUGCUGUGCUUAUCUGGGCUAGCAUACAAGUGCAUAAUGCGCACGCACAGACACAGACACAC